AUGCAUCAUCAGGUUAAGUUAGAUGUCUUUAUUAUAAGGGCGUUUGCUCUGUUAUCAGAAACAAGAGUAAUAUUGACAAAUACACUACUAAGUGCUACCAGCUCACCACAAACAUCCACUAAUACUCCAACUAAUUUAACGAACACCAAUUUGCCAAACAGUGUGGGGAAGAAAGAACUAAGUAUUGAAGAUUCGAAUAACAACGACUUUUCGGACACAAAGAAUAGUGGGACACCAAAUAACAGCUCCAGUCAGAGUGGAUCAACUCCUAGUGGUGGUCCUUUUAGUGGGGGGUUGGUAAGUGCGCAAUAUAUGAAAGUUUUCAUAAAGAUAUCAAAGCUUUAUAAUGCUACGCUAAACACAGGAUCCGUGGACGAUAGAUCAACGUCACCAAAAUCCAGCAUUGAACUCUACCAGAGGUUUCAGCAAAUAAUCAGAGAAUUGGGAUUAAGCUAUGAUGCAAGUCCAUAUGCAAAAUAUUUUAGCAGAAUUGAUGAGGACUCGUGGAAAGUAAGGAGCAAUGAGGAAUUGGCUAAUGAUAACCUAUGGAAUUUGGCAACAAUGAGUAUAUUAAAUGUAUAUGAUCUGGAGACUGGUCAAAUGAUAGUACAAGGCAGAGGUAAAAAAGCCCAAAAUAUCAACUUAAAUGGUCGGGGAAAGAAUGUAAGUGAUGUAAACAGUAAUACUUCCAAUAAAGGAACUGUGUCGGUAGAAAAUGACCUAACACCAAACAGCGGCAAUAGCAAUAAGAGAAAUACACCUGACAAUGAUGUUACUCAAACUCGGAAUAAAAGAAAAAAUAUAAGAGCACAAAGACAACAACGAAUUUCAAGGCCAAAAUCUAAUCAACAGAUAGGUGACCAAACUUCUCAAAAUGCUGAACUGAAACAGGACGAUCCAAUAAUGGUACAAAAUCACAACGGAAACCAAAGUAUGAACGAAAACAAUACUAAUUUUAAUAAUAUGUUAUUUGACUCAUAUCUACAACAGCAGCUACAAAAAAGAUUGCUGAGCGUUCCGCAAGACAUACAUUCAAGAUCACUGAAUGGUUAUUAUACUCAGCCAACUAGUCCAGGGGCAAACAAUUUUGAAUUUAAUUUUGGUAAUGAUAUUAAUAGCACUGUGCCUAAUGGAGCUUCAGGUCUGCCGUUCUUAAAUUCUGUUACUUCUAAUACAACUAAUAAUCAAAUAAAUGCAGCACUUAACACUACCAUGCCAGCCCCCCAACAUAAUUGGAAAAGGCGAUCUUUAGGCUCACUAGAUGUGAAUACACUUGAUGAUGAUACAGUAGAAGAGCUAUUACAAUUGCCUAAUUUAUCUAAUAAGAAAACCAAAUACACUAAUGAUAAUGAGAAACCAUCUUCUGCUGAUGUAAUUGGAAAUGAUGACUCAGGAAAUAAUUACGUUAAUGAAGGCCAGGACAACAGCAAUAACCUCCUAAAACAAAAAUCAACUGAUAGUACAGUGGAAUUGGAUUCAAUCGUUAGACAAAUGAAAACUAUGUAUGAGUCUAUUGUCUCUGAAAAAGGCCAGCGUAUAAUGCAGCUUGAGAGGGAAUUGGAGUUACAGCGGCAAGAAACUCAAUGGUUGCGGAAGAUGUUGAUAGAAGAUAUGGGAUGUGUUAGAAGCAUGCUCAAGGACCUGAAACGUUAA